CAUCACAUUCGCAUCUUCUGUCCAACACACAGAAACAACAAGCAAAAUGUUCAAGAUUGUGUUCCUCGCCACCCUUGCUCUGGCUGCUGCCAAGCCCAGCGUCGCUCCCGCCGCGCUCGUGGCCCCAGCAGUAGCAGCUCCCCUAGUCGCCGCGCCUGCACCUGUCGUGGCCCCCGCCCCCUUCGUGACCGCCACCAGCUCCCAGUACGUCUCCAGAAAUUACAAUGGACUGGUGGCCGCUGCCCCUUUGGUUGCUGCACCGGCACCUUUAGUCGCUGCGCCGGCCCCUGUGGUCGCUCCGGCUGCAUACGCUGCCCGCUUCGUGGCUCCCGCUGCGCCGGUGGUUGCCGCCCCUGCCCCCUACGUGGCCCCGGCAGCCAGGAUCGUGGCCCCAGCCGUCGCACCAGCCCCCGUCUUGCCCGCGUACGCUCGCUACGCUGCACCUUACGCUGCGCCCUACUUCGCGCCUUCUGCUCCUUACUUCGCCCUUUAAACAAAAGAAAGACUGACCAUUUUUACCAAAUAAAAUUGUUUACAUCUUA